UAAAUACCGGUAUUUAUUUUUUAAAUAUUUAAACACAACCAAAAACUUUAAACAAAAGUCAAAUGGAUAGAAGUAAUUUUUGACCUUCACUUUGAUAUCCCUUGUGGUAGAUUUAAAAGUGCGUAAAGUAUACAUUUACCAUCCAGCAUCAGCUUUAGUUAGCUCAGGGCUUCAUGGUGGCAAAGACCAAACUAAUUUAAUGUCUUAUUUGAAAUAAUACAGUAGUUUCAAGAAAUGCACACCUUGGAAAAUAGCUUCGGUUUUUUAUUGUGAUAAUGCAAUAUUUUACUCACUCAAAGUAACUCUUUUGUGUUUUAUGUUUAGCUCCGUGUCCACCAAUACUUCAAAACUACUCUAACUUUUGUGUUACCAACCGGACCUUGGUGAGCUGGGCUAAAGACAAGUUUGCGGUCAGUGUUAUGGUGAGCGCAGUGUCCAACAUGGGAGACUCCCUGUCCUGCAACUCAUCCACCAACAGCAGUUGUUUGCUGGAUCAGCUGCGGUGUGGAAACACCUACACUGUCCACGCUGUUGCCCAGGGAGUCCAGUGUUCAAGCAAGCCCAGCUCUAGUUUUCAGAUUGUCACUGCACCCUGCACCCCUGUAAACGUGGGAUACGAAUAUUCCUGUGAAACCGGCAUUGCCUUUGUGAGCUGGGAUGAGACAUUGGGCAGGGAAAGUUUCUAUGUAAAAGCUCACUCAGGAGACCACACAGCAUCCUGCAGCAGCAGCCAAGGAACUGACUGCUACCUGCUUUCCCUGCGGUGCAGCCACACGUAUAAUGUUGAGGUCAUUUCUGUGGCUGGGAACUGCAACAGCAGCUAUUCUGGAGUGACGCGCAUACAGACUGCCCCCUGUGCCCCCACAAAUGUCAGUGCUUCCUUGCUGUGUGAGAACAACACAGCUGAGGUAAGCUGGCAACCAAGCCUUGGUGCCACGUCGUACCAUGUGGCUGCAGCUGGCAGAGACGGCGACAUGAAAGAGUGCACCACAAAUGCCUCAAGUUGUCUGCUACCAAACAUGCACUGUGCUCAGCUCUACAUCAUCACUGUCACUCCCUCCUCUAAUCAGUGCAUUGGCCUCGACAGCAACCCCUACCCCUAUAUUGCAGGGCCCUGUCCCCCCACCAACAUCCAAGCAUCUCUACAGUGUGAUGGUAACGUGGGCCAUGUCACCUGGGACGCUGCCCUGCGGGCAGAACUGUACGUAGUGAAGACUUUACCAUCCGUCAUGGAUGAACAUGCCCAUAACUGUUCCUCCAAUGGAACAAGCUGCUCCCUCACAGACCUGCACUGCGGUGAGACAGUCGCCAUCACUGUCGCCACCAAGGAGCGAGGCUGCUGGAGCAAACCCAGCACACCAUUAUUUUUGAAAACAGUUAUCUGUCCCCCUACUGGUGUGACCUCUGUGACAAGCUGCAACAACAAUGAAAUUACAGUGAGCUGGGACUUGAGUGCAGAGAGCGGAGUGGAAUACAUCAUCCACUCGCAGGACGACAAGAACACUCCUGCUAACUACAACACCUUUCAGACGUUUUACACUGUCACCGGGCUGCAUUGUGGGGAUCUGCACACAUUUGCAGUUGCUGCCAAGAACUCUGCGUGCAGCAGUGUCUUUAGCAGAGAGACACAUAGUGCAACAGGUAGAAGAUCUUCUUACAGCAAUGCUCUGAUCCCUUCGAGGUCCACCAGAGCUACUGUCAUGACUGAGCAAAAAAGUUAUACUUAAAGAAAAUUAAUUGAUUCCUA